UCAGUUAGCCUUCACGGGUCUGACCUGUAGUGCCACAUCCACCACUAGGGGGCUUUUGCGCUGGAGAAGCAACAUAAAAUCACUCCGGCGAUUCUUUUUCACAGGGAAAAAAACGCUCCUAAACUCUUCCAUAUUCUUCUGAAAAUGCUGCUUGCUCUGGACUUCCCCUACAAGGCGUUGGUGAUUGAUGUUCUGGCAGUCUUUGGAGGUGUAACUGUGUUUCUUCACCUGCUGAAAUUCACCUGGAAAUGUUGCCGUGGAUUCAGACAGUACAUCUUAUCAUCGAUUUGUCAGGCGAACCUGCGGGCGUAUGGACAGUGGGCAGUUGUAACUGGAGCCACUUCUGGCAUUGGUAAAGCUUAUGCCACUGAGUUGGCACGUCGGGGUCUGGAUAUUGUUUUAAUAGGAAGGUCUGACGAGAGGCUUCAAAAGGUUGCCAAACAAAUCGAAAACAAGUACGGACGAAAGACUCACACCAUCAAAGUGGACUUCACAGAGGGGGCCAGCAUCUACUCAACCAUAGCUAAGGAACUCCAUGACCUGGAGAUUGGAAUUCUGGUUAACAACGUUGGAAUGAUCUGCAAUGAUCAUUUUGCCUAUUUUCUGGAAACACCAAAUCCUGAACAGAAAAUCACUGAGAUCAUCAAUUGUAACAUACUUUCUGUACCCCAGAUGACCAGGCUGGUUCUUCCUCGCAUGGUGCUCAGAGGCAGAGGAUUAAUCAUCAACAUCUCCUCUGAAAUGGGUCUCCGUCCGCAGCCACUGGUGGCUCUUUAUUCGGCCACCAAGAUUUUUGUGAUAUAUUUCUCCCAGUGUUUACAAGCUGAGUACAAAUCAGAGGGAAUCACAGUCCAGUGUGUGACCCCGUUCAUGGUGUCCACCAACAUGACAAACAACAUGAAUGUCAACUUGUUUGUGAAGAGUGCUCCAGCGUUCGUCUAUGACGCUUUGAACACUGUGGGUCACUCCACCUUCACCAGCGGCUGUCUGUCCCACGCCCUGCAGAGUGUGGCUUUCUCCGUUCUCGUGCCGGACUGGCUUCGGAUGUCGUCAUUUUUCGUCCGGUGGCUGAGAAAAAGUCCGAAAAUAGAAGUCUGUCGGAAAGAAGCGCCUCAGGAAAGGGAGUCUCUCACUGGAAAGAAAAAGAAGUAAAUCUUUUACAUUGAC